CCCCUGGCCCCGCCUCCGGGGAGGGUCAGCUGACCACUCAGUGCGCCGGCGCGAGACCGAGAGGCGGACGUGGAAGGGAGAAUGGCGAUGAAGGUUCAUGUGGAAUAUUGUGAUGGAUGAGGAUACGGCAACCGCUAUCAGGAACUCUCCAACACCAUCAAGGAGAAGUUUCCUGAUGCGGAGAUCUCUGGAGACGUUGGGAGGAAAGGCAGCUUUGAGAUUGAAAUCAAUGGGAAGCUGAUCUUUUCCAAGCUAGAAACCAGUGGCUUUCCUUACACUGAUGAUGUCCUCGAUGCAGUCCAGAAAGCCAGCGAUGGAGAACAAGUACAGAAAAUUGUCAAGAGUCAGGCUCCUUGUGUCAUCCUGUAGCUCAACCUAAAUGAUGCUUCCUGUCUAUCUGCUGCUAAUCUGUCAUAUUUUCAGAACUUAAACUUGCCUUGAAGUCUGUUCUAGUCUAGAUCCUGAAGAUGUAAAAACAGUGGAGGCCCAGGGGAGUGUGAUGUUGGGCUUUUUAUUGUCAGAUUCCAUGAUUGCCAGUGGAUCAUUUAUUCUUCGAAGCUGUCGUGACCAGACAGUUUAGAUUUCUCCAGUAGCUCAUUCCGCUUUAUGAAUAAUUUGUCAGUGCCGCUUCUCUGAACUUAUCAGACAAGUGCAUUUUUAAAAUAAUUCUCCCAUCCAAACUAGCGCGCGUGUUAACACGCGCACAUACACAGUUCCUCAUUGGCUCCUUGAGCAGAUGCUUCAGGCAUUCGGUUAAUCCUAGGAUUAUGCCAGGGUUGCUCUUAAAUACAGAACCAUAUUGCCUUGUCCACUCCCUCAUCUCGCUGAAAUCAGGGCCAAUGAAUGAAAGUAACCAGAUUCUGUUGUGCAGUUACUGAGAAUCUGAAAGGCUGAUUGGUUUGCACUGAUCAUUGUCUUUCAGUCAGGCAGCACCCACAGAGCAGGAGAAUAUGUUGACUGCUGUCCAACUGACUUGUCUGACCACAGUUGAUGUAAAAUAAAACAAUGAUCGGGAAUUCUGUCAACUGACACUUCCACUAACCCCCUCCCAGACUGCUCACCAAACAGCAAGAUGUGAUAAUCUGUGGCACAUCUCCCAGCGUGAUGAGCAGGUCAGAUCAAUGCACUAAACUCCAAUGCCUGUGGUCUCAAAGUUGCUGCUCUGAUGUUCUGGUUGAUCUGUUAAAACAGGAGACACUACGUUUGACCAUGCUGAGAGAGGCAGGUCUCUCUCCUUCCCUUCUAUCGGUGAGGAGUCUUAGUUGCAUAAUUGAUGUCAGUCUGUGCAUGGUGGCUGAGAAGUGUAAUAUUAUCCUCUUGUUUGGGAGGGUUCUGUGUCUUUGCUUUCUUUGCGGCUGUGGACAUCAUUGGGAUUUUCUGAAAAAUCUGCUGAACUAUUGAAAUUGUUGACCUGCUGCAGCUUUAGAAUUUGGAUCUAUGAAUGACUAUUUUAACUAAAAUUAAUGGUUAAAUUAUGAAAAGAAACUGAUGCCAAUUUCUAAUGGCAGAGCAGGUUUACAACUUAAGUAAUUGUAUUUUAAAAUGUAAGAAUUAUGCUUUUUGAACUUUGCUGUAUUUCAAAUAUAAUUGAAAUAUGUAUGUGCUAACAGAA